ACUAAUAAGUGUGAAAUAAUGUUUAGUUUUUAAAUUUGUAAUGAUAAAUUUCAUUCAUGGAAAAUUUAAAAUUAGUAUUGUCUGUUGCAGACUGUGGAGCAUCUGAAGAAUGGGUUUGAAGGAAGAUAAAAAGUCAACGCAUAUUUCUAGAAGUAAAAGGAGAAGGACGGAUGUUUCUCGGAUGUGGUCGAGAUCACGCUCGAGGUCAUCAUCCAGAUCCCGAUCACGAUCAUCAGGGUCACACUCUCCACAACGUAGUUUUUUGGCUCAAGAGGAGAGAAGGGUCCUGUUUAUCGGGAGGAUUUUGAAAGAGAUGACGAUGGAUGAUCUUAAAACACGUUUCCAACGAUUUGGAACAAUAAUUAGCAUUGACUUCAACGAGAAAACAGACAACUUUGCAUACAUUACGUACGCAAGCAGUGCGGACGCCUACCAGGCCGUUGUGUACGGCAAAGAUCAAACACUCUUCAAAAUCUUGCGGUACGACAGGCGCAAGGCGCCUCGAUAGAAGCUGGCGGUCCUCACCAGGAGAAAAAUCCUGCACCGAGCCCCAUGUGCUCUGUGCGCCGAGCUGGAAACCGUGCACUGAGCAGCCAAGUAUCAAAUGUAAUGUAAAACAAAGUGAGAAGGUUCCAGCAUCUAAGAGGUCAGUCUGGCACCAGGUCCAGAUUACAUACCGAACCUAAUUAUAAUAUUAAUAAUAAAUAAUUAUAACUAGAAUCAAGAAUUGCAACACAUAACUGUUGUUUCACAAAAGUAAAAAUUUUAUUGAUACCGUAAAUGUAAACACUGCAAUGGAUAACUAUACCUAACAAUGACUAGUAACUAUUUUUUCAGUCUAUUUUUUAAAAAUCGUACAGUUUAAUAUAGAUCUCUAAGUUUGAUUAAAACCAACCUUAAAUUAAACUAAAACUUACUUUAGUUGUGUUAUUAGGUUUACUGUUAGAACAGUACAU